AUGGAAUAUCUGAUUUCUCAGAAAAAUGUUCUCAGAAUAUCUAUCAACAAAUGGUUUACAGAUCCCAACAGAGAUAAUAUUGAAACGGCAAGGAUAGAAUUCAAAAAACCACCACUCCAACAAUUAAAUUACCUCACGAAGCUAUUACUUGAAUUUUCUCAUGACGAGCCUUUAUUCAACACUAUAAAAUCAGAAUCUGACCUAAUGAAUAAGAUAUUUUCUACAUCAAGAUAUCAAAUUCGUUCAUUCAAGUACGUUUCAACACUUAAAAAGCUUAGACAAUCACUUAAUAAGAUUAAAAAACUCAAUAUUAAAGAUAAUUUCUACUCAAUAGCUACUUCUGCAUGUUCUGUCGAAAAAUUAAUGAAUAAGAAAACUUUUCACUCAGUUCAAUGGCGAUUAAUCGCUCUAUUUAAUAUACUUAUUGAUGUUCAAGACAUUUCAGCGAAUUUAGUCGAAUUACUCACUGAAGAAAUGACGACAUCAGUUUUCCUUCAUUAUCCAGUUGCAUACACAUCAUUAGCAUCAUCUUUAACCAAGAUGUCAAAAGAUUUCACGCUUAAAAUUGCUAAUCUCAUUUGUAAAUUCAGAACAAUGGAAAAUAAUAAAUUUUUGCCAUUUCAAGCAGGUGAUUCUGAUUUUCCACCUCUUCCAUGGAAUGACACUUUUAUUACGACGCUUGAUGUUGAGUCCGCAAUUGAACCUGUUGAAAUUCCUCAAAAUAAUUUGAAGAAAUUAAAUAUAUCUAUGAGUAUCAAGCCGACAAUAUCAGCCAAACACAAUAAGCCAGCAGGAUCAAAGCCGAAGACCUCAUUUUCUGGUCUAGGAUUUUAA